AUGUUCAAAUCAUCUGCCAUUCGCUUGAAACCUAAAAUAGAUUAUGCAAGCGAGAAUGAUCUCAAGGAAAAAAUCAUGCCUCGAAAUGAGAAGACCCCCAAGGGAAAUUCAUUGGACACUCAAUUCAUACAGUUUGGUAGACCGGAAGAUAAACUUACAGCAAUGCUUUUUGGCCCCAAGUACCUAUCCGAAAUGUGUCACCUCUGCACCCCUGAGGAUAAAGGAAUGAAUGAAGAAUUCCAACGUUGGGAAAUUGAAAAUAGUGGUGCGGCAAUAGUAAAAGAAAUAAAAGAUGCUGACCACAUGGCAAUGAUCUCACCACAUGGCAAUGAUCUCAAAUCCCCAUAA